AUGAGUAAAAGUAUGGGCUUUACCGUCUUCCAAGUACCUGGUGCCAAGACGCCCAAGCGUUCUUCGAACGCACGACUGGGCGGUGCCACCGUGGUGUCAAGCGCUAACACUUUAUACAACAUCGAAGCACCGUACAGUGCUCCUUCACCAGCCAAUAGCAUGUCCGGUUCUAGCUCACUGCUCCUUACACAACAACGGAGUCAGCGCAAUAGCGGCACGACAUUUGCAGCUUUUCAACCCCCGGGAAGUCUCCAGCCCGUCUCAUCCCACAGUUCCGGUAUGAUGGCGUCUCUGGACUCACCUUAUGGUGCUGCGUCUGGCAGCGUCAAUAGCUAUAGCUCCAAUGGUAGCAAUCCAGUCCCUAUGGGUGUUGGAAUUGGAUUUAAAGCCGGAACAAGCGAUGAACAACAGUCACGAGGAGGUAUGAGCUGGUUGCGAACAGGACGCACUAUUCGAGUCAAAGACUCGGGUGAUAGUUUCCGAUUUCCAUUAGAUGAUGCACAUCUACCUACUAGUAACGUGUCAAGUGAGCAAUUUGAAGCACUUAAGGUCAAGCUACAGAGUAUUGCAGAGACGUACGUCAACUCAUCUGCUACGUGGUUGGAUAAUCCUAGUUUGAGUCCACAGUACCGUAAUCAGAACUGGAAAGUGCACUUGGACAAAAAGAAUUGUGUCAUUUACCGCCAAAAAGAGGCUUCAGAUGUGAGCAAUCGACAGAGGAAGGCCAUGUUGCGUGCCAAGCUGGACACGUCGCUGGAGGAAAUCAUCUACGCUGUCAACUGCUCGACGACCGAGGACCAGCGGGCCUAUAUGUCUCACUGCUGCCAGGAGAUCUUCCUGGACUCGGCCGUACUGCAGGUACACGAGAAAGGGGCAAGCGAAGAUUUGUUCUCAUUCUUGGGUGUCAAGUGGCUUGCUUUUCAGAGCUCAGUAGAUUCAGUAUUCAGCUGCCGGGAUAUGUUGGUUGUCGAGUUUUCAAAGACAAUGGAGGACGCGAAGGGACAGAAGGUGCUGGUGAAGGUCCAGCAGAGCAUCAGUAUGGCGGAUUGUGGUGGUGACGAACGCAACUUUGGAUUUGCACGCACAACCGGAUUGUGGGUAUGGUUGUUCCGUAGUAUGGGUCCAUCUAGCGGCAAAGUGGACGUGUCGGUAAUCUCGGAAGACUACUUUGAUAGUAAUCGCAACACUCCCAGCUGGUUUGCAAACCGCAUCGUGUCGGCACUUUACACGGUGGCAAAUCAUCACGCCACGGCUGCGGAUGCUAAGUUCUUGGUGCGAUGUCGUCUGAUUACGAACAAAGCAUGGGUGCCGAACAAUGAGCGCCCCGCAUGCUCCGUGUGCUUCAAGAGUUUCAAUUUGUUGCGAUCGCGUCACCACUGCCGCGUAUGCGCUGAAAUCAUGUGUGGCGCUUGCACAAUUGAGCUCGGUAUUCAGGCCAACAAACUUCCGUCUGGCAUGCUUACAGAGUCUGGCGGCAGCUUUAUCGUCAGUAUCGAAAAGUUCUGUCUCAAGUGCAUAAAUAAGGCUCGGCAAGUGCGCCGCAGUGCGCUUUCAGAAAAGAGUGCUGGGAUUACGCUCUGCACGGACGAGGCUUACGAAAUCAAUGUGCCCUCUUCCUAUGCUUCUCGUGCUAGUGAAGAGUCCUGCAGCCAGGUACCGCCCAUUCGAGGAUCGAUUUCAGAGCACUUGGUCGACAGAGAGCUGAAUUUUCAGCAAAAUUACUCACUGGCGUCUUCGUCUUCGUCUACAAGCUCACUAGGAGGAGCCGGUGGCAUAAGUGGUGACAAGUCAGGCAUCUCGUACGCGGGCUGGUCAACUAAAGUUCUUUCUGCUAUUAGCCGAGAGAAGCCGGCAGGUGGUGCAAAGGAGCAAUCAUUUGUCACACUUACAUCCGCCUGUAGCAGCAGCAGCAGCAGAAUUUUAAAUGAAAAUGAAGCCGACACGCCUUGCGUCGUGCGCCAAGUGUCGGGCGAUCGGCGACGGCACAACUCGGACACCUCUGGUUCUUCCUCAAGCACCAAUUCUCACAACAAUUCGCCCAUCGGUUCACACAGUGACCGCGGGUGUAAGAAGAAUGGCAAAACUGACCACGAUCCCGUUGUGGGGGACGCAGUUAUGUUACUGGAAGAACCUCGUGAGGUGCAGAACAUCACGCCGCUGCCGACGUCUUUUACCAAAAUGGAGGAGCAAAUUGCAGCUCAGCAGGCAUUGUUGCGCUCGAUGUUUAUUGAGGGCAAGAAGAUUAUGGAGCAGCAGCAAACUACUUACGGCGGAAAGGUCCGCCCUGCGCAACAACAGCGUUACAUUGAUCAGAUACAGCCACUGGAAAGUGUAGAUGACAAGGGUAUACUCGCUCUGCCGCCAGCUUCGGCUUCUAUCGAGUACAUUGAUUGA